AAACAAAAAGAAAAGCAAAGAAGAAAAUGGGAAACAGCAUUACUGUGAAGAGAAAAAGAGCUAAAGUAAUGAAGAUCGACGGCGAAACUUUCCGAAUUAAAACUCCGGUGACGGCGAGGGAAGUCACGGCGGAUUAUCCCGGUUACGUUUUGCUAGAUUCUCAAGCUGUGAAACACUUUGGAGUUCGCUCUAAACCGCUUGAACCGAACCAAAUCUUGAAGCCGAAGAAAACUUAUUUUCUCGUCGAGCUUCCUAAACUUCCGCCGGAGACGACUGCGUCGGAUACGGACAAUAAGCUUCCGUACCGGAGAGUUAUGUCUGGAAUCCACGUUGGCGCGAAGGAGCGGUUAGAAAUGUUGAUGUUGUCUCGGAGAACGGUUUCUGACGUCACGAUUGGAAGAUCUGACGGCGGAGAUGGGUUUGGGCCUGGGCUUGGGCCUGGACAUACGAGUGUGAGGUUGAGGUUGCCUCGUUCUCAGAUUACGAAGCUUAUGGAAGAGAAUAAUAAUGAUGCUUCAGCGAUAGCUGAGAAGAUUUUAGGUAUCUACAUGGAGAGGUCCGGUGAGCUUUGCGGCGGUAGAGGUGGUGGUGAAGGCCGCCGGAAACUUGGAAGUGGGGAGAUUAAAGCGCGUGAGGUAAUUCUUGUUUUUACCUUGAGUUUUGGUCAAACAAUUGUACCGCGUUAAUUUUUUUAUUCACAUAAAAAUUUAGGCAGACA